UCACGUUUCGUAAAGUAAGUUCAUAGCAAGUUUACUAAGGACAGUUGGAACUCUCUAUUUCGCCAGUUUCCAAGAUUCUACCCAGAAGACAUACUCUGACACAUUUCGGUUCCCGAGAAAAUCCAAUUCCCCCGACAGUCAAUCUUGGAAAAUAUGGAAUCGAAAAAAUUGGCUGCUUUGCUUUCUUCUCUUGUCUCUGAACUCCUCGUCCUUGUCCUCCUCCUUUUCCCUUCCGAUUCCUACAAUUCCAAUUCCCAUGGAAUCCUUUUCCGUAUCAUUCGCCAUUAUCUUUCCUGCCAAGAACUCGCCACUUCACUCUCCCUCUUCCCGAUCUCCAAGAAACGGAAGAGAACCCAAUUACGAGAAGCGGGUUCUGAGCCGACCCAUGAAGACAGAGACCUCGAACGCGGAUCUCGACUCGGUGAGUUGAGCCGAGUUGCUCCUAAUCCUGACUCUUUCAAAACCACCUUCAGGAUGAGAUCUUCAACGUUUGAAUGGUUGUCUGGCUUGCUUGAACCGUUACUAGAGUGUCGUGACCCUAUUGGAACACCAAUAAAUCUCUCAUCCGAGCUCAGGCUUGGCAUCGGUUUGUUUAGAUUGGCUACUGGGUCAAGUUACAUUGAAAUCGCUGGGAGAUUUGGGGUUACUGAGUCAGUGACUCGGUUCUGUGCAAAGCAAUUGUGUCGUGUUUUAUGCACCAAUUUUCGCUUUUGGAUCGCAUUCCCGACCUCUACCGAGCUUCAAUUGGUGUCAAAAGAUAUCGAGGGUCUUACCGGAUUGCCAAAUUGUUGUGGUGUGAUAGACUGUACAAGAUUCAAUGUUGUUAAAAGAAAUGAUUGCAAAUUAGCAUCAGACGACGAGGUUCAAGAUGACAGCAUUGCUGUUCAAAUUGUUGUUGAUUCAUCUUCAAGAAUUUUGAGUAUUAUUGCAGGUUUUCGUGGCGACAAGAAUGACUCCAGGAUACUAAAGUCGACGACUUUAUGUCAUGAUAUUGAAGGACGGAGGCUAUUGAAUGCGACUCCGGUUAUUGUCAAUGGGGUGGCUAUUGAUCAGUACCUAAUUGGAGAUGGAGGAUAUCCUCUGCUUCCAUGGUUAAUGGUUCCAUUUGUUGAUGUUGUGCCAGGAUCAUCCGAAGAAAAAUUCAAUGCUGCAAAUAAUUUAAUGCAUGUUUUUGCACUUAGAACCAUAGCUAGUUUGAAGAAUUGGGGUGUUUUGAAUAAACCAGUUGAAGAGGAGUUUAAGACUGCUGUUGCUUUUAUCGGGGCAUGUUCGAUUCUUCAUAAUGUUUUGCUAAUGAGGGAGGAUGAUUCUGCAUUGAUUGAUGUAGAAGAUUAUUCUUUAUAUGAUCAAGAUUCUCAGUUUUAUAAGGAUGCAAUGACGGAAGAGAAUUUGACCGAAAAGAAGGCUUCUGAUACGAGAAGAGCAUUGGCUACAAGAGUUACAGAAUUUUCAUAAGACCUGAGGAUCUGUAUACUUUUGGAGUCUCAAUUUUACAAACAGCGGUUUGCUUGCACAGAUUUUGGAAGGGAGGUGCACAAUUCAAUUCAACUUUUUUUUAAGCAGGCCACUUUUGUUUAGGACAGACUGGUUGUGGGCAUUUUCUUUUAGUUUUCAGUUUAUUACCAUUUAUUGAAGCAGUUCUGAAGUAACCAUAGCCCUUGGGAUCUCUGUGUUAGUAAUCUCACUACCUACUGAAGGUAAAAUAAUAGUCCUUCCACCCACCAGACUCAGAGGAUAGAAACUAUCAAAGAAGAUUGCUUCAGCACUGACCACUGUAUUACUCAUUUAACUGGCAUAAGCACACAGUGUGAUUGACCCUACAAUCCUUGAGAAAUCCACCCUCCCUCUUCUUGCUUCAGGCUGUUCCUCACAGUUUUCCUUCCAUGCUCUUUGAAGAUAGCUCAACUGCAGCGUUGUUCCUUAGGCUUCACUGAAGUUUCUGCAAAUCUCAAAGCCUCGAAGCAUCAAAUAAAUAUCGUUGAUGAUACAAGCAAAACGCAUAUGUACAGGUCUUCUAGGGCAAACAUGUGCUAGUACCAAUUUAUUAGCAUGUUUAAGUUACAUGUUGAGCUGGUGAUUCUGGAUGGAUGGAGAUUUGGGAACUGAAUGCAGUUUAGGCCAAUGUUGGACAACCUAGCUGAAAAUGGUUCCAGGGUCCUCUGGUGGUCAAUGUAAUUGAUCUGGUGCUGGAUAUCUUCAGAGGAAGCUGCAUUUUUCACCGUUCAGAUCAAGUUUGACUCUGCGCCUCUGAUUAAAACCAUUCCCAAUUUGCACCAGUUCAUUGUUUAACAAAUGAAGUUACUCGCUUAAUUUCCUUUUUCUUUUUUAUCCUUGAACUCUCGGCAAGGCAUGUUGCUCCGGCAUCACUCUACUUAUCUGCAAGAAUACCAUCAUGUCACCUAUAUUGGAAAUUGCAGAACAUAGAGUUCUUGCAACCAAACCUGCCUACAGCAGGCUUUGAAUCAAAGAGCAACCUGUCAUAUCUUGUGAUAAACUAAUGCCUUGUGCAUUUAUUUAACUUGAACAUAGAUUUUUAAGGUUUAAA